GCGAGUAGAGAAUGAGACGGGGAGAGACGGAGAGGAAGCGCAGAGGCAGGGGCGGCACGCAGAGGGCGCUGGCGGCGUGUGUGCUGUGUGUUCUGUGGGUGCUGCUGGCAUCUGCCGUGGGGGCCGCCACUGUCGCCGACCCUGCAGCGGACCCCUCGCACGCCACGCGCUGGCUGGACCAGCUCGUCACGCCGCUGAGAAACGUCUCUCUGUCGCAGAUACUCGGCCGUUGGUUUGAAGUAGAAGAAGUGCGAAAUUUUGCGCUGCAGCCCAUAGACCUUUGCGAGACAUUCGACUUUUUCCGGAGUUCCGACAAUGGCACGGUGCUGUUGAACCAGUCCCUCAGCAGGGGCUCUGAAUCGUUCGACCUGAAGGAACUGACCGUUCUGCCCGACGCUUCCUGGAUGGUUAACAGAUACCAGGUGGGAUACAAGGUGCUAGACGUAUCCGCUGACGGCGGCCUGCUGUCGCUGGCCUCGUGCAACAAGUUCGCCCAGCAGUGCUACGGCGUGAUCCUGGCGCGCGACUUCAACGUGACUGGCCGCGACGCCGAGCUGCUGGCGGCUCACCGCGGCCUGGCGCGGGCCGGCCUCAACGACACCGCCCUGGGCCACCGCCAGCACCCCGACGCCUGCAGCCAGGGAGGGGUGGGCGCAGGCGCAGGGGCAGGCGCCGGAGCCGCAGCGGGAGACGGCGCCCUGCAGCCCGUGCGCUACGACGUCUGACUUCUCGCCGCCGCCGCUGGCGCUGGCGCUGCCGCCUACCAGCACGUGGUCCACCCGCGCCCUCGAAACAGCAGCACGUGGUACUUGCUGUUACAGCAGACGUCGUAUUUUACUACUGCUGCAGUCCGUGCUAAAAACAAAACUAUGUUGCUGCUCGAAUCACAAGUUACACAUCUCUAGGCAAAUUAAAUUUAGAACUCUCAUUAACAUUUCGUGUAUGUACUGAAAACAAAUUUUGGGGCUACCUGUCCGCAUAUAACCGUUUUAUAAUUCACUGUACUUACUAACUGUGAAUCUCGCACCGAAAGCACUGUAUAAUAGAUCUGAAAUAAAAUGGUCUGUUUUACUAUGGCACUAAACGCCAAACAUAAAUAAACUGCACUAUUACACCAUG